GAGCAUCACAAGAGCCAGGCAUCCAACAGGACUAGUUCUCAGGAAAAGAGAUCUGCUGCUUAUAUUUCAUCAUUAUUCUCUGGUGAUGUUGGAUCUCUUCUAUUAAACUACUCUUUUUCUUUUUGCAGAUACCGUUCUUUCCUUGUGUUUUGCCCCCCUGACAUUAAUUUCCUUGCCAACUGCGUGUCUCUAAGCACUACGUACUAGUAAGGAAUAAUCAGCUGCACCUUUUGAGGUAGCAGCCUUCUGAACUCUCCAGCUAUGUUCAUGCUCCGUAAUGUGAGCAAGUUCCUGUUUGGAGACACCUCUAAAGAAUCCAUUAUCGAGAUUCCUCAAGGCCAGCUGUAUUUGGUCCGCCCUCUUUCUCCAAAGGGCUACUCGGAGCUCAUCUUCAAGGACGCCGCGGCUACUAUUCGACGCACCGGUCAGGAGUUUCAGUACCAACUCGUCAUUCAACGCGCCUACGAGGAAGGUGAGGAGGAGCUUGCCGAUGACGAGGACGAACAAGGUGCCAGCGACAGUCUAGACAAGGACGAAAAGGUAUUCCUGCUUGACCAAGGCUUGCACUUCCGUGUUGAAGCCCGCGAAGGGGGUUCGAAAAUACUAGCUUGGAACGAUUUGAGUGGCGACGCCGGUGAUCUUUUCGAGUUUGUCUGCGACCCAUCUGUGCCAGCGGACAAAGUCUCCACCUUUGAGUUAGCAGCGUGGCAGUGUCAGUACGAGAGGAAAUACAGGAAGAGCGCUCAGCGAGCAACGGAGCAAGAGCUUCAGGAAUUCUCCUUUAAGGAAGAGAAAACUAUCCCUGCCGCCAGUCCAAUUUCCUCGCCAGUCAAAACACGCACACACUCGGUAGCUUCUGCCGGAGAGUCCGCCGCUGCCAUGGCUCGUGACGUCGAGUAUUCGCGGUCGAAGGGCCUCAUAAAGCCAGUCGGGGAAGGGGAGGAACGUACAGUGGCCCCGCCCUCGGCGGCGCAGCCGGAGGCUAAGGAGAUUCUCGCAAAGGAAAAGGCGGAAUUGCACCUUUUCGACUUCCCCAGUGGGACUUUCAUUCUUCAGGAUCCUGAUGUGGUUGCCACUGUGUCUGAAGUGGGCACCUGGCAGUAUUGGUUGCAGAUCAGUGGCGAGGAUAAGGAAUGGCUUGGUCAAGCGGUUGUUGCCGACAUCAACCCCGUCUUCAAUUUUGAAUAUCUGUCAUUCAUCUUCAAUCAUUACGGUGAAGAUGGAUCCGCUUACUCAUGGCUACUCCGGUUCAAGGAUCAGGCCACAGAAGAGAGGUUCCAAGAGGGCCUAAUGCAGGCUCUUUGGGAACAGCUAAACGAAAUGAAAUGGACCAAGGUCAAGGAGAAUGAUCGCGAGUACGUGCUGGACGCUUUCCAGGACCUUACAAUGGAGGAUCCUGAGACUGAAGAGCAGGAUGAGGCAGAGGCUGAGGCCGAGGAUGAAGAGGAGGAUGAGCAGGACGAGGGCCAACGCAGCGAGCACUACGAUUCAGACGAAGAGCAGGAGGACGUCAUUACGCGUGACGAUGAUGGCAAUGUCAAUUCUCAACUGGCAGUCGGCUACAAGCAUGAUCGAUCAUUCGUUGUCCGUGGUUCUAAGAUUGGGGUUUUCAGGCAUACACCAGAUAACAACCUGGAGUUUUCGACCAAUAUUUCGAAGGUCGAGACGCCUAAGGGAAAGCUUUUCAGCCCGAAGAAGGUCAUGUUGCAUGCUGAGGAUCGCAACAUGAUCCUGCAGAAUGGCGAUGACCCUCACUCGCUGUACCGUAUGGAUCUCGAGUACGGCAAGGUCGUUGAUGAGUGGAAGGUGCACGACGAUAUCCCGGUGACCACAUUCGCACCAGAAAACAAAUUCGCCCAGAUGACCUCUGCUCAGCCGUUCAUUGGUGUCUCGCGGAACGCACUCUACCGCAUUGAUCCUCGAUUGGCAGGAGCCAAACUGGUGGAUGCGGACCUGAAACAGUACGCGAGCAAGAACGACUUCUCCGCAGUGGCCACGACCGAGAAGGGAUACAUUGCUGUUGCCUCCAAUAAGGGUGAUAUCCGCAUGUUCGACCGCUUGGGUAUCAAUGCCAAGACGCACAUACCUGCUCUGGGAGAACCCAUCAUCGGACUGGAUGUGUCUGCCGAUGGUCGCUGGGUCUUGGCUACCUGCCGAACCUACCUGUUGCUCAUCGACUCGCUCCAGAAAGAAGGCAAGAACGAAGGCAAGCUCGGGUUCGAGCGCUCCUUCGCCAAAGACUCGAAACCACAGCCUCGUCGUUUGGGCCUCACUCCUGCGCACGUCGCCCAGUUCCAGCAUGAGACUAAGAAGCCCAUCUCUUUUACUCCGGCGCGUUUUAACACUGGUGUUGAAUCUCAGGAGACAUCCAUUGUCACUGCCACUGGACCUUUCAUCGUCACUUGGAGCUUGAAGAAGGUCAUUGCCGGCCGGAAAGACCCCUACACCAUCAAGCGAUAUGCAGAAGAUGUCAUGGCGGAUAACUUCCGGUUUGGUUCGGACAAGAAUGUCAUUGUUGCUCUGCCGAAUGAAGUCAACAUGGUUGCGAAGAGGACUUUCCAGAAACCUACUCGGGAAAGCAUUGCAGGACCUCCUGUGACGCCGAGCCGUCGUAGCACCCGAUGGGGCAGUCGGUUGGCAAGGGAUGAUAUUGUCAAUUCUCCCUAUUAGAAGUUUUGCGAUAUCACGCUUGGGAUCGCCAGGCUGAUGAACUUUCUCUUAUAUGUCAUUUUAUGAUUUCUUUAAUGUGUUAUUGAUCGCAUACCCCCUUCUGUUGUCUUCUUGCUUCUACAAUUCUACCUUUUUUCCAGUUUUAAUCACCUAUAUUUCCUAUUCCUCAAUUUAAAAUACCAAUGGUCAAUCACCGUAAUGAUGGUACAACAAUGGAGUACGCGAAGGAAGGUUAGAGGGCGGUUCAUGCUUGACAUCAGAUGUUAGCACGACCUAUCUUUACUAGUAUAGCUUAGGUAGCUAGGAACAAUAUGACUGCAAUCGAUGGACAUGCUACAGCCACAUUGGAG